GCAAGCAAAACCGAUGACGAUUUGACUCCACCUCAUGAUGCCAUUUAGCAACAGAUGAGCCGCGGUGCCUGUUCAUUCCGUGUUGUCCACGGUCUCAGCAUCGCUUUCACUCUUGCGCAUUAAAGGGAACACUGCCCGGUUGUGUAAUGUCCGUCGGGGUCGCGGUGCGCCCCUUCUCCCUUCUUGGACCGUAGCUGGCGGCUUCCUCAUCCGACCUGCGAGCGCUUUCGGCUGGCCGCGAGUCUCUCCAGUGCAUCGCUAUGGAUGUGGUGUGGAUGCUGCUGCUGCUGCUGCUGUUUCCACUCCUGAUGUGGACCAGCAGCACGUUUGUGUUCUAUUUCAAAAAGUUCUUCUACGUGGCCUGGAUGAUGUUCCUGGCCAUAGUGGGGAUUCCCAUAUGUUUACUUAAAAGCGGAGGGAGAGACGUGGAAAACAUGAGGAUUAUCCGUUCCAUGGUCCGUCAUGUCAAGUACUUGUUUGGGCUUCGAAUUGAAGUGAGCGGCUGGGAGCACCUGCAGACAGAAGGGCCUUAUGUCAUCAUCUCCAACCACCAGAGCUCCCUGGACGUUCUGGGGAUGAUGGAGAUCCUUCCUGACCGCUGCACCACAAUAGCCAAGAAGGAGCUGGUUUACGCCGGCACGGUCGGCCUCAUCUGCUGGCUCGCCGGCAUUGUUUUCAUCAACCGCAAAAAGACAAGCGACGCCAAGAGCGUCAUGGCCGACGCUGCCAAAACCAUGCUCGACGAGCAGAUUCGAUUGUGGGUCUUCCCAGAGGGAACACGCAACCAGAACGGCGACUUGCUGCCCUUUAAAAAAGGGGCUUUCCACCUGGCUGUGCAGGCACAAGUUCCCAUCAUACCCGUAGUCUUCUCUUCCUACAGCAGUUUCUACCUUCGGAAAGAAAAGCAGUUCAAAUCAGGGGUCAUCAGGUUGAGGAUCCUUCCAAAGAUUGAGACAAAGGGACUGACCUCAGACGAAGUGUCAUGUCUGUCCGACCAAUCGCACAGCCUGAUGCGUACAGCUUUCCUGGAAAUCUCCGGCUUGGUAGCCAAGAGCAAUGGGCCCCUAAAGCACUGAAUUUUCAGCCAAUAAAGCCUCUUGUUUUUUCUUUUCCCAACCCGUGUCGGAGACCUUCCAGCCCUUCAGACCUCUCUGCUUUGUCCAGUCAGGCCCUGUGGCCUGACCGGGAGACGAGACGAGGACGUCUCUGUCCUCUGGCCCUAUCGGAAGAGCUCAGUCAGUCCUGACCCUCGGCGCGGCGCGAGCGGAGUGACGGACGGCAAGCCAAACAGUACGGAUGUGUGUCGUUCAUGCAUGCCUUCUGGAUGACUCUGUCCUACUUUGGCUUUAUUUCCCCGAUCUUGAACUAUUUUCUGCUUUCCUUUCGCCUUUUUCUCCACCCCCCCCCCUUUUUUUUUUUUUGCUACCUUUUGUUUAUCGGAUAAACUUGGACGGGGUUUUUUUGUCUCUAGAUAUUUAUGUGCUCCUCAUAUUGCCUUGAGUUUAUUUUUUGGCUGUACAGAUAUACUCACAGCACCCCAUCUUCGUCCUUCCUUUGCUUUUUAGUGUCUUCUGACUUUUCUGCAUUCCAGACUCUUUGCUCAAAUGGCCAGCGGAGCGGGAUCUCCACCAGAGGUUGGAGGAAACGCUACGAAUUCAACUCUUUUACGUUCACAUUGGCUCAGUGGCGUGACAUCGCUUAAUGAGCUUAGCAAACUGAUCGGUGUCCUGUGUGUUUGUGUUCUUUUUCCAAAGCAGCAGAAAUAACCGUUGUGCAGCGAUCAGCAGCAAGUUUCCUCUCGCGGUCUUCUGUGCGUGUUUUUUUUUUUUUUGCUCUAUUUAUUAUUACCACAUAGGAUUAGAUUUGCUUUCCUGCUUUUUAAAAGCGAAACACAUCUUCUAGCUCCUUAGGAACAACUCUGAGGACAUAUUUAAAAUGUGUCAGGAGGCGACUGACUUUGUGUCUUGAAGUGAUGCCGUUUUAGCAUUACAGUUCCAAAGUGCAAGCUACCUGCUGUGCCAUGACAUUUCCUAUAAAAACGUCUAAGGAAUGCUGACUGAUUUACCAAUAAUAUGAAGCCAACCUAAUGGGCGUGUCACUAACUCUUGUCUCAUUUGAUUAGUAAACCUGUAAGUUAAAAAUCUAUUUUUGGGUGACUGAACUGAAGUUUUUUGUUGUUGUUCAUCUUUAAAAAAAAAAUAGUUUUUAGUUUUGAUUAAGUUAAGGCUUCUCUAGAGGAAUUACUGCAUUAUUGGAAAUAAAUAGUGAAGAUUUUUGGCCUUAUUUUUGGUUGGUUGUUGUUGCACUUUGACAUUUUGGUAUUUUGUUUUUCUUUAUGUUGUAGCAUUAACUUCUAACCACAUCAGACUGACUGACUUCYUGUUAUUUUUGCCUCCAGGUUUUGCUCACUGCCUUUACACGGUCACCUGUUUUGCCCAUCAAACACCGUUUAAGAAUGUACUGCAGUGUUCAGGAUCUUGUUUUUGUUCUUUACUUUUUUUAAUUUUAUUAUUAUUUUUAGCUACAGCACCCUCCAUUUAUUGGUAACCCUUAAAUUGGUUGAAAAUCAUUAAAAAUGUUUUUUUUUCCUAAGUAGCAGAUUUCACACUGAAAUGUCUGCAAAGCAUUCAAACUACGCAAAUUAGGAGAACUUGCAUAUUUUGUAGGCAUGUUUUCUCAUCUUCCCUAUUUUGAAGAGUAAAAUAGAAAUGUGUAGCAUAUGAUUUAUGUACCAGGGAAACAGAACAUUGUUGAUUGCUAAUGAAAAGUUCCUCAGGAAUCUGAUCAUCUUUAACAAGUUAAUGAAAAUAAUUUAGUUGUUCAUACUUUAUAGGAACUUCUCUAAUGUUUUAAAAAGUCGAAGCAUUCAUAGCAAGGAAGCACACUUCUCAGAGAAUCGUCUCUGGAUUUACCAGAAUCCUGUCCUUUCACUGAUUUUCUGCUGGAUUUAGGUCUAGAGGGUGAAAUGCAAGAUGGUUGAUAUUAUGUCUGAAGACUUUGACCAAAUCCUACCAAAAUUAUCCUACCAAAAUAUCCUAAUUACCUUUUUUUUUUUUUUUUUUAAAUGCCCUUGUAUUUCAAAAAGUGAAUGAUCCCAUGGACCCUUUAAAGGCGCUCUGGCUGGAAAACGUGCCCACAGCAUCACAGGUCCUCCACCAUACUUCACAAUAAGAGUGACUGGUGCCAAAAAAAAUUUAUUUAGGUUUAAUUUGACCAAAGCACUUUAAACUCCCUGUAGAGUUUAACUAAUAGUCUUUAAGUCAGAAAAAAGUAUUUCUCUCUCAUCUUUUGACUUCUAAUCAACCAUUGUCGUGUAAGUACUGGCUAAUUUUCAUAAAGUGCAGAUUAACCUUUUUUGUUGUUUUAAAGAAAGCAUAAAACUAAUGCAUUUAUAUCAUGUGCCUCUAGGGGUUAAAAUAAGAAAAUGUACUCAAAUUAAAAGUUGGGUUUUUCUAAAGUAUUUUUGCACGUCUCUCGUGAAGGAGCCAGUAAUUGCGGAGGUUGCCGUACCUGUUCUAUUCUGGACGGCAGGUUUAAGCACCUAGAAGCUCUUUCUUUGAACUGCUAAUUUUUCUUCCAACUUGUUGUAAACACAGUCCUUCAGAGUAAAGGAUUCAUUCAUCUAGACGUACAUAUUCAGUCGGUAAGCUGCUGUUUGUGCUCAGUAGUUUUAGGGAUUCUCGCUUCUAAUACACGAGAAAGCCUGGAUGGCAAUUGUUGCUUAAGUUUAGUAAGGAAUAUACUUCAGUACUACUAAUAACUGUUUUUUUUCUAGUUUAGAUCAGAUUGUUGCUUUUUUUUUUUUUUUAGGAAAUAUUUGAACUCUGCAGCAACUUCUCCAAAUGUUUAAAAGCACUCUACCAAACUGUUCCAAAAAUACAACGUGUAUCAUAUACAUUCUGUUAAUUUCCUGGCUUUAUUAUACUACUACUACUUUUUUUUUCUUUUUGUAUUAUUAUUUCUAUUGAUGCAAUCAUUACUGUUGAGUUUUGGGCGCUUCUUUAAUAUGUAGGAAAUAAUUUAAGAUAUUCCCAACUUCAAUAAAGCGUUUUUUAUUUUGGAUUUUGACAUGAUGAUGAUCUGUUUUUUUUUCCCCCCAUUUUUUAUUAAAUUUUUUUUAAGCCAAAGUGAAAUUUAGAUGCAUAGGAGAAAUGGAGCACAGCCUUGUGUGAGUGAUGUAUGCAUGUAUGUACAUUCUGUUGCCCUAUUCUUGGUAAAGGUGAAUGGUUUGCAUUGGAGGAAAAUAAACAUUUUUUUUAAUUAUU